AUGAAGCUGUACACUGGUACCCUUGCAUACACUCCUCUCACCACCACCGAACCCGCAUCCUACUACUGGGGUAUCAAUGAGAGCAUCACUUAUGGCACCACGACCACCUUGGCCGAGAUGGCUGGUAUCGUUGACACUGGCACCACCCUCAUCCUCCUUGCCAGCAGUCAUGAACUAUCCAUCUAUCAUCUCAUUUGCGAUCAGCCACAAUGCUACAGGGAGCCUCAAAGACAUGACUGCAAACCUGAAGAACAGCCAAGGAUGGGUCUUGAUUUGAUCCCUUCGCCUCGCUUCACGGUCGACCAUGUCACCCGCGCCGAUUGCUGGCAAUGGCUUCUGACACCAGUCUUGACUCCUCUGCCAAUACCUCUGAUUGUCAAAUUUCACCAUCCCAUUUUUGCAACACGGACACGACGAUUCAGAGCUACAUCAAUAUUCUGGAUGGUCUCAUACCUUUUGAAGGACAUUCAGAAUUGGAUCAGCAGCACCGAGGAGGGUGCUCCACACCUUUCAUGGUUGUCUGGCACAGCAGACAAGGGUAAAUCGGCCGUUGCCCAUACAAAUGCCGACUGGUAUAUUAGUGGUAGUCAGAGUGGAUAA